AUGGCGGAACCUGCCAGCAUCCAGGUACCGCCCACUUUGCAGCCACAUGUGGCAACCCCUGCAAAGUCAACCGCUGCAAAACGGCCGCACCCUGACAGCAGCCCACUCCAGGCUGGUCGUGAGCUCCCGGCGCAAAGCGGUAGCAAUGGUGACAACAGUGGAAACAAUGCCAAUGGAGGUGCCGGUGGUGCCAACAAAAGCAGGAAGCAGCAACAGCAGCGGCCACCCAAGAAGAAGCUCAAGGGCAGCAAGCGGCUGAAGGCCGUAACAGACGGCUCGUCUGAGGAGGUGCUUCUGGCGGACGUGCGGGACUUGCAGAGGGCAUUGAAACACCGGCAGGACCGCGAGAAGAGGGACGCCGAGCCAGUUCUCUUCCACGGAGCGCACGGCGAAGAGGUCAAGGCCACAGCCGCUGAAACCACGGAUGAAAUCAAAAUCACGGAAGAGGACGGCGGCGAAGUUCCCGAAGAGGAGCUGCCCGAGCCCGGCUCGGUGAUCGAGCUCGACAUUGUCGGCCUGUCAUCGACGGGUGAGGGUCUGGCCGUCCAGCGCAAACUGCACGAGCUCAGCGACGGGCCUCUGCUGCGGCGGCGGAGGCGCAUCUAUGUCGUGUCCUUUUCGGUGCCGGGCGACAUUGUGCGUGCCAAGGUGUACCGCCACCUGCCACAGCCCAGGGCCGGAUCGGGUGAGGACGAGCUGCCACCGACAUACUCGGUGGCCGAUUUCCUAGAGGUGAUCAGGCCGUCGCCCGAGCUGCGCGAUCCACAGGGCGACAGCAACCGGGUGCGCUGUCAAUACUUUGGCCGCUGCUCGGGCUGCCAGUACCAGAUGCUCGACUACGGCGAGCAGUUGCACAUCAAGCGCCGCGUGGUCGAGCGUGCCUACCGCCACUUUUCCCAGCUGCCGCCCGAGCGUGUUCCUGCUGUCCUCGACACCAUGCCAAGCCCGCUCCAGUACGGCUACCGCACAAAACUGACGCCGCACUUUGACGGCCCGCCGGGAUUCCGGCGGAAGAACAAAGCCGCACACCGACUGACAGCGGUCCCCGAGAUUGGAUUUAUGGCGAAGGCGGGUGCAGGUGGUGCGCGCGCGACGCUGGACAUUGAGAGCUGCCCCAUUGGCACGCCGGCUGUGGGCAAGGGCAUGGCGCGGGAGCGCGCACGCGUGGCCCACGACUUUGCCAACUACUCCAAAGGCGCCACGAUCCUGCUGCGCGAAAACACCGUGCGGUGUCCCAAGGGCAGCGAGAUGAGCGAGGAGCAGAAAAAGGUGGCAGACGAUGCCGACACCGUGACCGUCGAGACCGAGGCGCACACGGACUUCAAGACGUGCAUCACCGACAACAACGCCACGUCCACCGAGUACAUUGACGACUACAUCUUUACGAACCCGGCCGGCAGCUUCUUCCAGAACAACAACUCGAUCCUGCCGCCACUGACCGCCUACGUGCGCGAGAACGUGGUGCGUCCCAAGGAUGCGCACAAGGGCAAGGAGCUGCGCUACCUCAUCGACGCCUACUCCGGCUCGGGCCUCUUCACCAUCACGCUGGCGUCGACGCUACCCGGUGGCUCCAUCGGCAUCGACAUUGCCGAACAGUCCAUUUCGUAUGCGCGCACCAACGCGCAACUCAACCACCUGCCGCCCGAGCGCUGCAAGUUCUUGGCGGCCGACGCGGCGCAGCUGUUCCAGAGCGUCAUCGAGUACGACCCGGACGAGACGGUCGUGGUGCUGGACCCUCCGCGCAAGGGCUGCGACGGACCGUUUUUGCGGCAGCUGCUGGCCUUUGCGCCGGCACGCAUCGUGUAUGUCAGCUGCAACGUGCACACGCAGGCGCGCGAUGUGGGCAUGCUGGUGCAGGGCCACGUGGACUUUGGCGACGGCGCCAACGACAAGGCCCCAGUCGAGACCAGGGACGGCAAGGCCCCGGCGCGUUACGAGAUUGAGAGCCUGCGCGGUUUCGAUUUCUUCCCGCAGACGGCACACGUUGAGGGCAUUGCGGUUCUCAACCGUGUUGAUCUGGCGUAG